AUGACAUCACCACGCCCCGACGACAACGGGUCGUCGAGCCAAUUUCCGCUGGACCCAGACCAGUUCAAGCGCGACUCUCGAAUUUCGUUCUCAAAGCUCGACAACAAGUUUAUUCUUGAAACAGAGGAUGAGCAAGAAUUUGUGUAUGAUCCCGCGCUCAAGCGCUGGGUCCAGAGCGUCGAUGAAGAAUUGCUUCGGCAGCAACAAGAAGCAUACAAGGUUGAAGGUGUGGAAGAGGAAGAAAGUCACCCCCGCGAUAGGAAGAAGCGAAAGCAACAAGAGGAUGCUGGCGCACAUAAGCCUAAGAAGCAGCGUGUGAAUACUGCGGUAUUCGUUAGCUCCAUUCCUUCCGAUGUUGAACUCGAUGAAAUCCGAGACCUGUUUUCCAAAUGUGGCGUCAUUGCGGAAGAAAUCGAUAGCGGCAAGCCACGAAUUAAGAUGUACAUGGAUGACAAUGGUGCUUUCAAGGGUGAGGCUCUGGUCGUCUACUUCCGACCUGAAUCGGUGAAUUUGGCUAUUCAAAUGCUUGACGAGACGGACUUUCGUUUUGGAGCGCCUAGUCCACUGGGACCUAUGAAGGUGCAGGCUGCGGACUUUUCUUUCAAGAGCCAGCAAGAUGCACCUCCGAAGACAAAUAUGCGGGAUAAGAAGAAGAUUAUUGAGCGGACACAGAGACUGAACAAUAAACUGGCGGACUGGGAUGAUGAUGAUGUUGCUGCACUUCCGGAGACCAGCUCUAAACAAGAGAAGGUUGUUAUUUUAAAGCAUAUGUUUACUUUGGAAGAACUAAAGGAGGAUGCCGCUGUUCUUCUUGAUAUUAAGCAAGAUAUUCGGGACGAGUGUUCGAAGAUCGGCGAAGUGACCAAUGUUGUACUCUACGACAAAGAAGUUGAUGGUGUAGUUAGUGUCCGAUUUGCCGAUCCCGAGGCUGCCCGAAAUUGUGUGCAGAUGAUGGAUGGUCGAUUUUUUGGCGGAACUCAGGUUGAAGCAUAUGUUUCUGAAGGUCGUGAGAAGUUUAAGAAGACCAAUGAGCGACGAGCGGCACUAGAAGACAUGGCGGAACGCGGUAUUGAUGCCGAAGAUGAGGAAGAAAAACAGCGACUGGAUGAGUUUGGUACUUGGUUGGAGAGUUCACACACCGUGGAGAACACGGCC